UCGGAUCCCGCGUUGCUGUGGCUCUGGCGUAGGCUGGUGGCUACAGCUCCGAUUCGACCCCUAGCCUGGGAACCUCCAUAUGCCGCGGGAGCGGCCCAAGAAAUAGCAACAACAACAACAACAAAAAACAAACAAACAAACAAAAAUGAGCUGCUCAAUUCUAACCCAAAACUAGAGACCCCCUGUAGAGAGGUAGGUACGGAUCGAGAUCUCGCGAGACCAGCGUCGUUUGGGUGUCCGAGACCCAGAGUCUUUGGUGCGCAUGUGUUAGUCGUCCGGAAGGCGCCGCAGUGGGUGCCGGGAGAGGAAGGAAAGUCAGGAAGUAAACAUUGACGCUCCGCUUCCUUCGUGUCCGGCUGUUUUGGGGUCAGCAACUGCGCGACUUCGUGACCAGAGGAGACCGGAUAACCAUGUCAGCUGCAGCUGUGGAUGCAGUUAAUGCUACCCCCAUGUCGGGGUCCAAAGAAAUGAGUUUGGAGGAACCAAAGAAGAUGACCCGAGAGGACUGGAGAAAGAAGAAGGAGCUAGAAGAACAGCGAAAAUUGGGUAAUGCCCCUGCAGAAGUUGAUGAAGAAGGAAAAGACAUCAAUCCUCAUAUCCCUCAGUAUAUUUCUUCAGUGCCAUGGUAUAUUGAUCCAUCAAAAAGACCUACCUUAAAGCACCAGAGACCACAGCCAGAGAAACAGAAGCAGUAUAGCUCAUCUGGAGAAUGGUACAAGAGGGGCGUGAAAGAGAAUUCCAUAACUACUAAGUACCGCAAAGGAGCAUGUGAAAACUGUGGAGCCAUGACACACAAAAAAAAAGACUGCUUUGAGAGACCUAGACGUGUUGGAGCAAAAUUUACAGGUACUAAUAUAGCUCCAGACGAACAUAUCCAGCCUCAGCUAAUGUUUGACUACGAUGGAAAGAGGGAUCGGUGGAACGGCUACAAUCCAGAAGAACACAUGAAAAUUGUAGAAGAAUAUGCCAAAGUUGAUCUGGCAAAACGAACACUGAAAGCCCAAAAACUCCAAGAAGAAUUAGCCUCAGGAAAGUUAGUGGAACAGGCUAAUUCUCCAAAACACCAGUGGGGAGAAGAGGAACCAAAUUCUCAAACGGAAAAAGAUCAUAAUAGUGAAGAUGAAGAUGAAGAUAAAUAUGCAGAUGAUAUUGACAUGCCUGGACAGAAUUUUGACUCUAAGAGACGAAUUACUGUCCGGAAUCUCAGAAUUCGAGAAGAUAUAGCAAAAUAUUUGCGGAAUUUAGAUCCAAAUUCUGCUUACUAUGAUCCCAAAACUAGAGCAAUGAGAGAGAAUCCCUAUGCCAAUGCAGGAAAGAAUCCAGAUGAAGUGAGCUAUGCAGGGGAUAACUUUGUUAGAUACACAGGCGAUACCAUAUCAAUGGCUCAGACACAAUUGUUUGCUUGGGAAGCCUAUGACAAAGGGUCUGAAGUGCAUUUGCAAGCCGAUCCUACAAAACUAGAGCUGUUGUAUAAGUCCUUCAAAGUCAAGAAAGAAGACUUCAAAGAACAGCAGAAAGAAAGCAUCCUGGAAAAGUAUGGUGGCCAGGAACACUUGGAUGCCCCUCCAGCCGAACUGCUUUUAGCUCAGACUGAAGACUAUGUGGAGUACUCAAGACAUGGGACGGUCAUCAAAGGACAGGAGCGGGCUGUUGCCUGCUCCAAGUAUGAGGAGGAUGUGAAGAUCAACAAUCAUACGCAUAUCUGGGGAUCUUAUUGGAAAGAUGGCCGAUGGGGAUACAAAUGCUGUCACUCAUUUUUCAAGUAUUCCUAUUGUACUGGAGAAGCUGGGAAAGAGAUUGCUAAUUCAGAGGAAUGUAUUAUGAAUGAUACAACUGGAGAAGAAUCUGUGAAGAAACCUCAAACCCUCAUGGAGAUGCAUCAGGAAAAACUAAAAGAGGAGAAAAAGAAGAAAAAAAAGAAGAAGAGGAAACAUAGAAAGAGCAGUUCAGAGAGCGAUGAUGAAGAAAAGAAACAUGAAAAAUUGAAAAAGGCACUGAAUGCAGAGGAGGCCCGCCUUCUUCAUGUCAAGGAGAUCAUGCAGAUCGAUGAGAGGAAGCGGCCUUACAACAGCGUAUAUGAAACUCGGGAACCCACUGAAGAGGAAAUGGAGGCCUACAGAAUGAAACGUCAGAGGCCAGAUGACCCCAUGGCCUCCUUCCUUGGACAGUAAUAACUGGUCACAGACAGUCACCCAAGAUAGACACUGCUGAUAUAUUCUCUCAGAUUCUUGCUGAUGAUUAUUGAUGGGAAAAUCCAUAUCGAUUCUUCUUGCUGCCUGGCUUUAAUAAAGCAUCCAGAAGUCUCAUAGAAAAUUCAUUCCUUUCCAUACUGAAGAAACAAGAAGAAAUAAGCAGGACAUUAGGGGCAGAGUAAGGUUUUAUUUCCAAUUUUAUAUUUGUGAGGUGGAAAGAAGUCUUGGCUCUCCACCUAUCACACAUAUUUUUGUAAUAUUUAUUAAGUUUCAGACUUUUAUUUCCUCAAUUUUUAUGGCCAUUUAUCUUGUCUUAGCACUCAUUUAGAGGGCAAUUAAUUACUCUUUCUCUAAUUACUUUCUCAGAACAAGGGCUUCAUUUUUUUUAAAUUAGUAGUAACUAUAAUUGUAGUUAUAUAGUAAUCAUUUGUUUUCACCUUCUUAAAUUUUUCUGAUUUGAAAGUACUACUCCUUUCUUGAGCUUUGGGUUACUUGAAUAACUUUAUCCGUGAUGUCAAUCUGUAGUAAUAAUUGUUUUCCACUUGUAGUAAUAAUUGUUUUCCACUUGGUUAUAAAUUUUUUUUCAUUCUUAAAUUUUGUUGCGGUUAUAAAAUUUUGAUUUUCAAAGUAUUUCCUUGAAUCUUACAUUCAAGGAAGUGUAAGCCUUUGAAUGAGAAAAACAAAACUGUAUUAUCACUCUUGAAUCAGUGUAGACUGAUCAGUACUAGGUCUUUUACCGUUCUGGAAGUGAGUGUUUAGACACAGAAAUCCUUUCCUUUAUCACAGAGGAUAUGGUUUGUGAUACUCUUUGUUGUUUUCAUUGUGAAUGCCUUUAUAAAACAAUCAUGAAUAUUGGAUAUUUUAAAAUAUUGUAGAAUAUUUGUUGUAUGUAAUCUUUAUAAGCAACAGGUGUCUUGUAAAAUUUGCAAAAAAACAUAAGCUGAAGUUGAAGGUUUCUUCAAAGAAUAAGUUCAGCUUUUGGGACUGUUAGUAACUGAGACUGCCACAACUCUUAGGCUUCUACUAAGAACACUGCUAAAUAAUACAGUAACAGUGGCAUCGUUGAAAACAGCCUGUUUAAAACCCCUAACAUAAGGACACUGACUUUUCAUAGUUCACUUGUUUUUCUCAACUACCAUACCACUAGAAUAUUGCGUUAAAUGAUCAUCUCAGAAAUAUGGAGUUCACAUCAUGGCAUGGCAGAAACAAAUCUGACUAGGAACCAUGAGGUUGCAGGUUCAAUCCCUGGCCUCGCUCAGUGGGUUAAGGAUCCGGCGUUUCUGUGAGCUGCAGUGUAGGUCAAAGGCGAGACUCGGAUCUGAUGUGGCUGUGACUGUAGUGUAGGCCAGCAACUGUAGCUCCUAUUUGACCCCUAGCCUAGGAACCCCCAUAUGCUGCAGAUGCGGCCCUGAAAAAAACAAGAAAAAGUGCUGGUGGGAGUGUAACUGAAUCAGUUUGUCAAAUACAAUGAAUAUACAUGCUGUCUAGUCUAAUGCAGUAUGAAAUUAAAACAGCAAUGCAAAUAGGUCUAAUUCUUAAUCUACCUUAAGAAUCUCAAAAAUUUGUUUUCGGAGUUACCAUUGUGGCUCAGCAGAUUAAGAACCCAACUAGUAUCUGUGAGGAUUCAGGUUCAAUCCCUGGCUUUGCUCAGUAAGUUAAGGAUCUGACACUGCCGCAAGCUGCAGCUCAGAUCUGGCAUUGCUGUGGGUGUGGUGCAGGCCAGCAGCUGCAACUCUGAUUUGAGCCCUAGCCUGGGAACUUCCAUUUAAUGCAGGUGUGGCCCUAAGAAAAAAAGGAAAAUUUGUUUUCAUAUUCCUACUUUAACAAUAGGAUAGUCAACAUAAAGCCAUAUUGGUGUCUAUUUUAUAUUUCAUUUACCCUUUGUUAAUAAAGAUGUAUACUUCAGAAAACUGCAAGUGGCUUGUAGCAUAUUUUCAAAUACUUGGCAGAAAGUGAUUUAUAGGGCUGGUGGGAGCCUGGGUUAGCUUUUGUGCAUUUGAUUUAGGAAACUUCAGGACACUUUCAACUCAAGAAAAAUGUGUCACCUAACAUUUCUGGACUUUUUUUUUUAGGGCCAAACCUAUGGCACAUGGAAAUUCCCAGGCUAGGAGUAGAAUCAGAGCUGUAGCUGCAGGCCUACGCAACAGCCAUAGCAACUCGGGAUCCGAGCUGCAUCUUCGACUUAGACCACAGCUCACAGCAAUGCGGGAUCCCCAGCCCCACAGAUUGAGGUCAGGGAUCAAACCUGCAUCCUCAUGGAUACUAGUUGGAUUUGUUUCCACUGUGUCACAAUGGGAAUUCCAACAUUUCUGGGCUUCUGUUCCAUCUUCUGUGAAACCUAAUUUACUCUGAUUUUAGGAAGAAUUCUAUAACAUUUGAAAUCAUGUCGUAGUUCUGUUUCAUUCUGGAAAAAAGGUAACAUCUUGAACAUUACUGAAGAUAAGAGGUGUGAUUUUAUUAUCUCAAUAAUUACCUUUUGAAUGCUGGAACUUUGGGCUGGAACUUUUUUUCUUUUUCUUUUUUUUCUUCACAGGGCCGCACCUGCAACAUAGGGAAGUUCACAGACUAGGGGUCAAAUCGGAGCUGCUGCUGCCAACCUAUGCCACAACCAUGGCGAUGCCACAUCUGAGCGAGAUAUGUGGCCUAUGCUGCAGCUUGCACCAAUGCCGGCUCCUUAACCCACUCAGCAAGGCCAGAGAUCAAACCUGAAUCCUCAUGGAUACUAGUCAGGUUCUUAACCCACUGAGCCACAACAGUAACUCCUGUAAUUUUCAUGUGUUAUCUCUUCAAAAGAAUUUCAUGGGGUGAGUAAUGGAUAACAGCCAUAUUUUAUAGUUAGCUAAGGACUUAAUAACUCCAGGUAACUUGCUCAAGUCCUAUCAGUUAAAAGUGUUGGUGCCAGUACAUAAAGCCAAGUCUCUGACUCUAAAGCCCACUCCUUUCUCUUGCAUUUAAAGCCCAGGUUUCUGGACCAGGAAGGCUGCUCUUUUGCAAUUUCUCUCACUGACAGAAACCUUAGAUAGCCUCUCAAUCUUUUUAUCAGGUUCACCCUCAAUACUUGAAAAUGAUGCACCAGAAGUUCCCAUCAUGGCUCAGUGGUUAACGAAUCCGACUAGGAACCAUGAGGUUUCAGGUUCAAUCCCUGGCCUUGAUCAGUGGGUUAAGGAUCUGGUGUUGCCGUGAGCUGUGGUGUAGGUCGCAGACGUGGCUCGGAUCCUGCAUUGCUGUGGCUCUGGUGUAGGCCGAAGGCUAUGGCUAGGAUUAGACCCCUAGCCUGGGAACCUCCAUAUGCUGAGGGGAGCGGCCCUAGAAAAGGCAAAAAGACAAAAAAAAAAAAAAGAAAGAAAAUGAUGCAUCUCUCCUACAUUCUUUGACACUUUCCCUUCCCCCACUUUUGCAGGAUGCUUCUCACAAGCUUAUAUAAAAAAUAAAUAGAAUGUGAUUUCAUUAAAUACCCUCAAAAUAGGAAAGAGUAGGUUGGUUUGUUUUGCCAUUUUCUAGUUUACAGCUUGGGGUUUUUCUCUGAAGUCUAUCAUGCAUUUAUAUCUUUAAGAGCCUGUAAUCUAAGAAUUUUAAAUAAAUCUUUUGGCGUCCCCGCCAUGGCACAAUGGAUUAAGAACCCUACUGCAGCAGCUCAGGAGGGUUUGAUCCCCAGCCCUGCACAGUGUUAUUGGAUCUGGUGUUGCCACAGCUGCAGCUAGCUGGAGUCACAGCUGUGGCUUGGAUUCAAUACCUGUCCCAGGAACUAACAUAUGCUGCAGGUGCGGGCUUUAAAAUUUUUAAACAAUCUUUUCUCCUAUGAUUCUUAGCAAAUUCAUCCACACGCUCUAAUUUGUGGGAAGAGGGCAACACGUGUGGGCAAGAGGACUCAUCCUCUACCAUUAGCAUCUUAAUGGCAUUUACAACUUGUCCCAUUUGCCUGAAUGUUUAAUUUGGGAGUGGAAUGAGCUUCCUUCUCUUUUACCUCAUUUAUUACACAUAGGAAAUGGUUAAUUACUGGAGUUUAUAAUCUCCAAGCCCAAACCCUGACACAAUAUAAAGUUUCAUUUCUAGUGCUCUGAAUGUUAAAAGGUAGAACUAUAUGGACGUCCAGUGUCUUCCAUCUCUGAGACUCUACAAUUCAUCCUUUUUGGCCGACACAAUAAGCAAAAAAUUUCCAGCGCCACUAGUCUGAAAAGCGGGCCAGCGCGCAUGCUCCUUAGUCAAGUCAGCGGUGCCUUCAGCCUUUUGCCAUCGCGCCUGCGUGCCGGGAUGCACCUCGCCCAGUGUGCGGGCGGGAAGCCACCCGGAGAACCCGGAUGGAACCCAGCGCGGCUGGAGCUGAGGAGACUGCGGGCGCUCCUGCCUCACCGCGCUCCGCAAGUUCCUGCUCCGGGGUCGGACCCAAGGCGCCACCGCUGGUUUCAACGCCCCGAGGCUGGGCCCCAGCCUGAGUCGAGAGCGAAUUGGAGCCUGAGACAGGCGCCUAAAAGCCCGAGCAUCCCUUGGGCCUGCGCCUCUGGCUCCGAGACGGCGGGCAGAGACCAAGCAGUCUUCUUCCCGCGCCGCCAGCAUACUUAACUCGCCCGGGCCGCCUCCUAAACGCUCCGUCCUUAAUAAUACACAACAGGUCCUACUAGUUACAAGGUGGUGUUCUUUACAUGCAUGCUCACAAUUAAACCUCCCAACAAUCCUAUAAGGUAGGUACUAUUGUCAUCCCCAGUUGAGGGAUUGAAGCCUGGACAGGUACCCAGCCUCUAAGUGACAAAGCCAGGAUCCCAGGCGUUCGUUUGCUUCUGCAGAGUAUGCUCAGCGACUGCAUUCCUGUCGCUUCUCUCCCGGCUGUUGCUUUUAACUGUAAGAGGUAAUGAGUCAAUCCUCUGCCUCCCUGACACCCGCACCAACUAUGGACCGGCAUAGGCGGUGGCCAGGUAUAAUAAGUUGGACUGUAUUUGGUUUGGAGUUUUAGGUUUACAACUGUACUUUGGUAUUGUCACUGCUGAUAUUGAUGUUUUAGCCUUCCCCACAUUAUUUCGGUUCUGUGAAUGUUCACUUGUAACUGGUUUUUCUCUCAGUUGUACUUUUUCAUGUGUACCUUUCAUAAACUUGCAAAAUACUCUUGUUAAAUCUGGUCUUUCAUUCUGCAUCUUCAGAAAGCUCUCAACGAACUCUCCAAUGAAUCAUUCUAAAAUCAAAUUAUGUCUAUCUCAAUAAGAUAAUCCUUUUCAUUUUACUGUUUAUUAUGGAAAUUUUCCAGUGUACAUAGAAACUAGUGAGAAUGUGUACCCAUUAUCCACCUUCAGCAGUUACCAGUUCAAGGCCAAUCCUAGUCUAUUUCCACCCCAUUAUGUGUGUGUGUGUGUGUGUGUGUGUGUGUUCAGUUCAGUAUUUCAAAGGAAAUCCCAGACAUCUUAUUUCACUUGUAAAUAAUUAAGACUGUACCUCUAAUAAAAAAAGACCUUAUUUUUAACACAACCCAUACCAUUAUUACACUGUUUCAAUUAACAAUAAUUACUUAAUAAGAUGAUGCUUUUUUAAUGUUUACCUAUUUUAGGAUAUUGUGAUUGCUAAAUACCACAAAGGAGCAAGUGAAAAUUGUAAGGUUCUAAAACACAAGCAAGCCUCUUGGGCGGUAAGUUCAUCUCUGAGGAUCUUGAAAAUUCUUUCUACCUAUUCUCCUUUUUCAAGGGGGAUGGAGAAGAAUACUAGAAAUGACUGUUUCUAAAAAUUCUUUUGUUCCAAGCAGAUAACUCUUCAGUCAAAAUAUACUUGAGUAGCAUAGUCAGAGUGUAUAAGAAUGUACUCUUAACUCAUCCUAUGAUUUCUAAUGAGACUAAAGUAAAGCUUUUUCCUUUACUCCUUCUGCCCCCCAAAUACAUGUAACAGAAUACAGAAGUAUAAGCAUUUUUAUGUUCAUGUCAUAAUUUUAUCAUUAUUAAUUAGGAGAGGUUCAGUUGGCCUAUAGUCUCAUCUCUUGCCCAAAGAAAGCUUGAGAUCAACUCCGAACUUCAAAUUGUCUUGACUGGCAGACAUCUUCCAAUGUUAAACUGACUGACAACAACCAUAUGGCAGAUCAACUUAAACUGACUGACAACAACCAUAUGGCAGAUCAACUUAGUAGUUACAUAGAGAUACAUUUUACAACUAGUUAUUCUUGGCAGAGUCACUAGAAAACUUUUAAUAUUCAUGGCUUACUUACUGUGAUUUUUUUAAUGGCCAAAUUGAGCAUUUGGAUUUAAAUGUACCCCAUCACAUCAUUUAAGCCAUGUUAUGUGGCAUAGAACUUUGGAGACUUUGGGGAUCGCUUAUUUAUCUGGCAGAUAGAAUUGUUUUCUAAGGUAUAUUUGGCCCUAUCUAUGGUUUAUACUUUUGCUCAUUGCUCAGAGAAAAAGAAAAAAAGGUAUGGCUUUCUUUUUAGGCCUCUCAACUUUCAUAGGAAGUUGUCAUCAACUCAGAAAACAUAAAUGCCUAUUAAAUCAUUUAGACUGUUUACUUAGCAACCUAGAAUAUCUGCAAGCUAGGGAUUGCCAGAGGGUAUGUUUCAUUCCUCGGAAUCUGCCUACAUAUUAGGAUGUGUAUCAGAAUCACCUGGACGACUUUAUUUUGGGUUCUUUGGUCCUACUUCUGGAGAUGAUGAUUUAUUAGUUCUAAGGUAAUAUAGGGACAUGUAUACUUUCAACAGAGUUCCCAGUGAUUUUAUGGGCAUCUCUUGUUAAAGGUAACUGCUCUAGGUACUGUUCAUAAGAAUUAUCUAAAAUGCUUAUUUAGAAUACAGAUUUUGGUUUCCUACUCUAGAGCUAGAGAAUCAGAAUCUCAAGUUGGGACCCAGGAAUCUGGAUUUUGGUAAGAGACUUAGAUGAUUCCUCCAUUUACUACACCAGAAAACCACUGCCUCCUACAUCCUGUUCUACGGUAAUUGAGGGUGUUCUUUUAGACGAGAGAAAUUUUUCUGAAGUCUAAGGUAUCAGUAAUAAGAAUAGUUGUGUUUCUCCUGAGCAACUUGUUUUGCUUUUUCUACAUGGACAGUGUGAAUCAUGAACUGAUAGUGUGUAUCCUACUCUUACGUCAAGGGUAGCUUAGUCACACCUGUUUGAAAUUCUCUGCUUCAGUUGGAAACAAAGCUAUUCGAGGAUCAAGAGUUUCAAAUCUGUUUAAUCCUUAAGUCUAUGUAUAUACAAAAGUUGCUGAAAGUAGAUCUUAAGUUUUUAUCACAAGAAACAUAAUUGUGACUUUGUGUAGUGAUGACAGUCAACUAGACAUUGUACUCAUUUUGCAGUAUAUACAUAGAGCAAAUAAUUGUGUUGUACACCUGAAACUAAUAUAAUGUGGUAUGUCAAUUAAAUCUCCAAAAAACCUUUUUAAAAAAGAAUUGGAUCUCUUGAAAGAAAAAGUACCAAUAUAGUUAUAACAGGAGUUAUUAGAAAUUUGUUGGUGAUAUUUUAUGGUUUAGUAUUGCUUCUGUUUGUUAAUCAGGGGCCAGCAGAUAAUCUUUAAUGUUGAAACCAUAAAAUUUCUUAAUCCAGCCCUGCUCACCACAGAAACAGCACCUCCCUCUGGCCUUGGUAUCAACUGUGGAUACUAAAAUAUUAGUGUAUAAUUACAUCCAUGUAUAUAUCAUAAUGUGAACACAUGGAACUAGCUGAUAAAACCAUGGAUCCUAGCAGAGAAGGAAACUAACAGGCCUAAGAAGAAACCUGUGAUAGGAGGAACAAAUGUGUUAGUUAGGGCCAAGGUGGCCAUGGUCAGGUGUGUUCACUGCUGAACAAUUAAACUUUGUAGAAAAAGAAACUUUGUGGGAGUUCCCGUUGUGGCUCAGCAGUUAAUGCAUCUGACUAGCAUCCAUGAGGAUGCAGAUCUGAUCCCUGUCCUUGUUCAGUGAGUUAAGAAUCCAGUGUUGCUGUGAGCCGUGGUGUAGGUUGCAGAUGCAGCUCGAAUCCUGCAUUGCUGUGGCUGUGGUGUAGGCCACCGGCUACAGCUCCGAUUGGACCCCUACCCUGGGAACCUCCAUAUGCCAUGAGUGUGGCCCUAGAAAGCAAAAAUAAAGAAAAAAGAAACUUUGUGAAGCACAAAAAAUGUAAGUGCCUCUUUGCUAUGUUAAAUUGCAUAUGUGUAUAUAAUUUUUUAAGUUCAGUAAUAACUCUUUAUGUGUAUUUAAAAAAUAAUUUUAAAAAAGCUAGCCACCAUAUCAAAAUCUGCCCUUCCUUAAAAUAUUUAGUAAAUUACUCCCUUCUCUGUUCACUAGAUCAUAACUGGGGGUGUGCAUACCUCCUUGGCACAGGAUGGAAGGAAUGGGUGGUGGUGAGAUGCCUUUUCUGGGGAUACAAAAUAAACCUGAUUUGUUUGGAACAUACAUCACUGAAAACAAAUAUAAGCUUUAACUUCAGCUCCCCAAUAGAGGACUUAUAGGUGUUCACAAUUUGCAUAAACCCAGAUCUCCCAUAUGUAACUUGCUGGCAAGUUAGUUAUUCCAGGGCUUUAGCUGUGAGUUGCUAAAUUUAAGUUGGACUGUCAUGCUGUCAUGGCUUACUUUGGACUGACGUGUUACAGUUUAUUUCUUGAUAUGUACAUAAAUGACAGGAUGGUAUAUGGUGUGACUUUGUUUUAAUUCAGUUAGCCACUGAUUCUUAAUGUCUGGGUUCUGUUUUACUCCCAAAGCAAAAAUCUGCGACAUCUCUGGAAUACUACCUGAGAGUGUUGGGGUGCCAUGUCGAAGAAACGCAAAUGGGAUGAUGACUAUGUUCGUUACUGGUUCACCUGUACGACAGAGGUUGAUGGAACUCAGCGCCCACAGUGUGUGUUGUGUAACUCAGUAUUUUCAAAUGCUGAUCUCCGACCAUCAAAAUUAUCUGACCAUUUCAACAGACGGCAUGGUGGUGUAGGUGGGCACGAUCUCAACAGCCUGAAACAUGUGCCAGCACCAUCUGAUCAGAGUGAAACCCUAAAAGCAUUUGGAGUUGCAUCUCAGGAGGAUGCCUUACUUCAGGCAUCAUAUCAGUUUGCAUAUUUAUGUGCCAAGGAGAAGAAUCCUCAUACAAUAGCUGAAAAACUAGUGAAACCUUGUGCGUUGGAAAUAGCACAAAUAGUUUUGGGACCAGAUGCACAAAAGAAACUUCAGCAGGUACCCUUAUCAGAUGAUGUGAUCCAUUCUAGAAUUGAGGAAAUGAGCCAGGAUAUCUUACAGCAAAUUCUAGAAGAUAUCAAAGCCAGUCCUCUUAAAGUGGGUAUCCAACUUGCUGAGACAACAGACAUGGAUGACUGCAGUCGGCUAAUGGCAUUUGUUCGAUACAUAAAAGAAAGAGAGAUCAUAGAAGAGUUCCUGUUCUGUGAACCAUUGCAGUUAACAAUGAAAGGAAAAGAUGUGUUCUGUCUAGUCAGAGACUUCUUUUUGAAGCAUAAGAUAUCACUUGAUGUGUGUGGCUCUGUUUGUACUGACGGUGCCUCUUCUAUGCUAGGAGAAAAUUCAGAAUUUGCUGCUUGUGUGAAAAAAGAGGUACCUCAUAUCGUGAUCACACAUUGUUUGUUGAACCCUCAUGAACUUGUCACAAAGACACUGCCUUCAAAACUAAAGGAUGCUCUUUUUACUGUGGUGAAGGUAAUAAAUUUUAUCAAAGGGCGAGCUCCAAAUCAUCGCCUGUUUCAGGCUUUUUUUGAAGAAAUUGGAAUAGAGUAUAGUGUUCUCCUUUUCCAUACUGAAAUGAGGUGGCUUUCCCGAGGCCAAAUACUUACUCAUAUUUUUGAAAUGUAUGAAGAAAUAAAUCAGUUUCUUCACCACCAAAGCAGCAAUUUAGUUGAUGGCUUUGAAAAUAAAGACUUUAAAAUUCACCUAGCAUACCUGGCAGAUUUAUUCAAACACCUAAAUGAACUUGGUGCAUCUAUGCAGAGGACUGGGAUGAACACAGUAUCAGCUAGAGAGAAGUUAUCUGCUUUUGUUAGGAAGUUUCCAUUUUGGCUUAAGCGCAUUGAAAAAAGAAAUUUUACCAAUUUUCCUUUUCUUGAAGAAAUCAUUGUUUCAGAUAAUGAAGCAUUAUGCAUUGCAGCUGAAAUAACACUGCACCUGCAACAGUUGAGCAGCUCCUUCCACGAAUAUUUCUCUGUUGGAGAUCUUGAUGAGGCAAGUAAAUGGAUACUGGAUCCAUUUCUUUUUAAUCUGGACUUUGUUGAUGAUGGUUAUUUAAUGAAAAAUGACCUUGCUGAAUUACGAGCUAGUGGCCAAAUCCUAAUGGAAUUUGAGACAAUGAAGCUUGAGGAUUUCUGGUGUGCUCAAUUCACAGUGUUUCCAAGCCUGUCAAAAACCGCUCUAGAAAUCCUUAUACCAUUUGCAACUACAUACCUUUGUGAGCUGGGAUUUUCUUCACUUUUACAUUUUAAAACAAAGUCCAGAAGCUGCUUGAAUAUGAGUGAUGACAUCCGUGUGGCUAUUUCAAAAAAAGUUCCUCGUUUCUCAGACAUCAUCGAACAAAAACUCCAGCUACAGCAGAAAUCAGUGUAAGCUGGCAGACUUUUUUUUUUUUUUUUUUUUUUUUUUUGACUGCAGCAUGCAGCAGCUGGAUGUGGGAUCACAGUUCUGAAACCAGGAAUUGAACCUGAGCCACAGGGGUGAAAGCUCAGAAUCCUAACCACCAGACCACCAGGGAACUCCCUGAUAGACUUUUUAAAUGUAUUGUUUUUAAUAUAUUCUCAAUUCCAUUAUAAAAUUAAUUUUUUCCUUUUAUAUUUAUGAUAUACCAAAUCCUAUGUUAAAAGUUUAGCAUCUGUAACUUAAUUUUCACAUGAGGCAUGGGAAAAUAUGUUUUGAGAAUGAACACAGCAGCAGAAAAUUAAGUACCACUGAGACACAGCAUUUUUCUAAGUAUCUGUUUCACUUGUUGAUGUGAUUCCAUAAAAACGACACCCAAGCACUAGAAUAUCCAAGCUAAAUGGUACAGUAGGCCACGAAUAGAGCCAAGAGAACAAGAGAAAACCUCCCAGAACGUGCACCUUCAUGUUAAAGGUCAAAAGAUGAAAUGACAGACUGAGUCCUCCCAAAUCCUUGAGGCUUGUUUUGGGGAGGUUAAUGAAAUCAGAAAAGGAUUAUGAAAUGUUAUAGUGAGAGAAGGGAUGAUUCCAAUUUAUGUAGGAUUUUUUUUUUUUUUUUUUUUUUUUUUUUUUUUUUUUUUUUUUUUGGUCUUUUCGCCAUUUCUUGGGCUGCUCCUGCGGCAUAUGGAGGUUCUCAGGCUAGGGGUCCAAUCGGAGCCACAGCUGCCGGCCUACACCAGAGCCACAGCAAUGCAGGAUCCGAGCUUCAUCUGCAACCUACACCACAGCUCACGGCAACGCCGGAUCCUUAACCCCCUGAGCAAGGCCAGGGAUCCAAAUCCGCAACCUCAUGGUUCCUAGUCGGAUUCGUUAACCACUGUGCCACGGCAGGAACUCCUGUAGGAUUUAUUUUUAAACGUAUUCUUUGGGGUCAGUCUCACAAUGUCCACUCCUCUACCUCUCAGACUCUAAAUUCCAUGACAUUAAUAAAUAUUCUAAUAACC